AUGGCCGAUGGGGGCCCCGCCGCAAACCCCUCCCACCUUCCCAGCGGGCGAGUCAGCCAGCCCCGCGCGGCCGAGCAGCGAGCGCCUCCAAGCGCGGCCGCGUGCAUCGCCGGCACGGGACUGGCGCGCACUGGCACUAACACAGCGGAGGCGAAGGCGGAGGCGAACGCUCGGCAGAAGGAGCGCGUCGCUGCCAUCCUCGCGGGCACGGACGCUGCGGGCGCGGGCGCGGGGGUGGAGGAGGCGCUCAAUUGCUGGGAGGAGGGUGCGUACGAAGCGGAGACGCUGGAGACGCUCGCCGAGUUCGGCGAUUGA